AUGGCCAAGGAGGGCGCGGAGAAGGCGGAGGAGACCGAGCAGAUGAUCGAGAAGGAGGCGGCCGAAGGCGGCGACGGCGCGGGCGGCAGCAGCAGCCAGCGAGCGGCCGACGCGAAGGAGAUGCGCGCCGUGGUGCUCUCCGCCUUCGGGGGGCUGAACAAGCUCCGCGUGUCCAAAAAAGUGAUGCCGGAGCCGCAGGAAGGAGAGCUCAAGAUCCGAGUCAAAGCCUGUGGAUUGAAUUUUAUUGACCUGAUGGUUCGGCAGGGGAACAUCGACAAUCCACCCAAAACACCGCUUGUACCUGGAUUUGAAUGCUCUGGGAUCGUAGAAGCUCUGGGUGAAAACGUGAAAGGUUAUGAGAUUGGAGACCGAGUCAUGGCUUUUGUCAACUACAACGCUUGGGCAGAAGUUGUGUGCACACCCCUAGAAUUUGUGUACAAAAUCCCAGAAGAUAUGAGCUUCUCCGAAGCUGCUGCUUUCCCUAUGAACUUUGUAACUGCAUACAUGAUGCUCUUUGAAGUGGCCAACUUGCGAGAAGGCAUGUCGGUGCUAGUUCACUCUGCAGGGGGUGGAGUGGGACAAGCUGUUGCCCAGCUCUGCUCAACGGUUCCCAAUGUUACCAUCUUUGGAACAGCUUCCUCCUUCAAGCACGAGGCAAUCAAAGACUCAGUAACCCACCUCUUUGACCGAAAUGCAGAUUAUGUCCAAGAAGUUAAAAAAAUCUCUGCAGAUGGCGUAGAUAUUGUCCUGGACUGUCUGUGUGGAGAAAAUACCGGCAAAGGCCUUGGUCUUCUCAAACCGCUCGGGACCUACAUUUUGUAUGGCUCGUCUAACAUGGUUACGGGGGAAACCAAAAGUUUCUUCAGCUUUGCAAAAUCAUGGUGGCAAGUGGAGAAAGUGAACCCCAUCAAGCUGUAUGAAGAAAACAAAGUCAUGGCUGGGUUUUCUCUCUUAAACCUGCUUUUCAAACAAGGCCGAAGUGGCCUGAUUAACGAUGUAAUGGACAAGCUCAUAAAACUGUACAAUGAGAAGAAGAUCAAACCUCUGGUGGAUUCACUAUGGGCACUGGAAGAGGUGAAGGAAGCCAUGCAAAGAAUCCAUGACAGAGGUAAUAUAGGCAAAUUAAUCCUGGAUGUGGAGAAGACACCUACACCAUUGAUGGCCAAUGAUAGCACAGAAACCAGCGAAGCAGGCGAAGAGGAAGAGGACCACGAGGGGGACAAUGAGAACAAAGAGCGUAUCCCGUUCAUCCAGCAGUAGCUAUGAAUGGUGGGA